CCGCUCUGGGUGGGUUUUGCCUGGCUAGACAAUUGCUGUCACACUUGGCGGGUGGGGAGGCUGGUUUGCAGACCCUAGCUCUGCACCUGUCUUGUUCCACAGUCUACUCAUCAUAGGACAGUGUGCAUGGAAUUCCUGCCAUCACUGGUUACCUGAAAUCCCUGAGGAACCCUCUUACCCUCAAUCCUGGUGUUCCAGACUCCUCACGCCUUCUUGAUCCUCUUCUUGGGACCCAUCAAAACACACACACACACUCCCUCUCUCUCCCUCUUCCUCCCACAGGUCUCACUUAUGUAGUCUUUGCUGGCCCAGAACACACUAUGUAGAUCAGGUUAGCCUGCCUCUGCACCUAAGUGCUGGGAUUAACAGCAUGAACCACCAUACCUGGAGACCUAAAAGCUCGUAACUUUCCUCUUUUAUAUACACACUCACUCAGUAUCAGAGAUCAACUGGGACCAGUAAGACUGGAUGAGGUGGGCAAAAAGGAAAGCAAAACCCUUCACUACAUACGUCUCUGCUCCACCCAGCACCUUUUCUUCCCAGCUCAGCCUGCUACAGUCUGCCCUGCGCAGACUGUAGCAGAUUCUUGACCCUCCCCACCACAGACCCUAUAUGAAGCUGAGCUCCACGUGACCACACACUUGUCAUCCCUUAUAUCAUAGAUGUAGCCAUUUUCAGCCAAGGAACUGUGUUGUGGUCCAAGACGUGGAGAGGAAGCGCUAGAAAGAAAACUUGAAAGAAACCGAUAAAGCAUGGUGUUUUGUUAGGAAAUAGGGGGAGAUAAAAAAGUGAAUGUGGUGGUGAUAACAGGCAGUAAAAAAAAAAAGGCUGUGUAUUUAAGUUAGAAUUAGGGGCGCUGCUUAAAGGAUAGAAACGGGAAACUGGAGAGCAGAAUGGGAAGGAGGAGAGAAGCUGAGCAAUCAGGAGAGGGGACGCAGGCAAAGUCUGGCUCGUCAUUAAGAAAGAACAGUUUGGAGGAAACCGCCUAGGGGAUUCGGAGGCAAGCCGGUCCCCUUGUCCUCGGGCAUUUUACACAGACUUAGGGACCAACAGUUAGUCUCCCCGUAUGGUGGAGCCACAACCAGGGAGCCAAGCACUGGCUUGGAUCCUAGUUGCUGGACAGUCCAGGCUGGCUACGGAAGUGCAGUCUAGGAACCGGAAGUCAGAGACUACCCAAAAGACACACAGACUUCGGCCUCUUUAAGAAGGGGCGGGAACAGUGGCUAAAGGAAGUGAGGCCGUGGGAGCAGCGGAAGCCGGAAGCUGCCGCCGGGCAGCGCGUGGGGUGAUGUCGGCCAGCGGGGCUGUGCAGCCGGGGCCCCCGGGGGCUGCCGUCGGGCCCUCGCCCGCUGCGACUGGGUCGCCAGCUACCGGACCUUUGUUCCGGCCCCUCAGCGCCGAGGAUGAGGAGCAGCAGCCCACCGAGAUCGAGUCCCUGUGCAUGAACUGUUACCGGAACGGCACGACGCGACUUCUGCUCACCAAGAUCCCCUUCUUUAGAGAAAUAAUCGUGAGCUCCUUUUCCUGCGAGCACUGUGGCUGGAACAACACUGAGAUCCAAUCAGCAGGCAGGAUCCAGGACCAAGGAGUGCGCUACACCUUGAGUGUUAGGGGCCAAGAGGACUUGAACAGAGAAGUGGUGAAAACAGACUCGGCCACCACAAGGAUCCCGGAGCUGGAUUUUGAGAUUCCAGCUUUCAGCCAGAAGGGAGCUCUGACCACUGUUGAAGGACUGAUCAGCCGCGCGAUCUCUGGCCUGGAACAGGACCAACCCACACGGCGGGCCAUGGAAGGUGCCAUAGCUGAAAGAAUUGAUGAGUUCAUAGGCAAACUGAAGGACCUAAAGCAGACGGCUUCCCCUUUCACGCUGAUCAUUGAUGAUCCCUCGGGAAACAGCUUUGUAGAAAACCCACAUGCACCCCAGAAAGAUGAUGCCUUGGUGAUCACACACUACAGCCGGACCCCACAGCAAGCUGAGAUGCUGGGUCUCCAAGCAGAAGCACCAGAAGAGAAGUCAGAAGAGGAAGACCUUAGAAAUGAAGUGCUCCAAUUCAACACAAACUGCCCGGAGUGCAACGCCCCAGCCCAGACCAACAUGAAGCUUGUCCAAAUCCCCCACUUUAAAGAGGUUAUCAUCAUGGCUACCAACUGCGAGAAUUGUGGGCAUCGUACUAAUGAGGUGAAGUCCGGAGGAGCGGUGGAGCCCUUGGGUACUAGGAUUACCCUCCGAAUCACAGAUCCCUCAGACAUGACCCGAGACCUUCUCAAGUCUGAGACCUGUAGUGUGGAAAUCCCAGAGCUGGAGUUUGAACUGGGAAUGGCUGUCCUUGGGGGCAAGUUCACCACUCUAGAAGGGCUGCUGAAAGAUAUCCGAGAACUGGUAACCAAGAACCCAUUCACACUGGGCGAUAGCUCAAAUCCUGAUCAGUCAGAGAAACUGCAGGAUUUUAGCCAGAAGUUGGACCAGAUCAUUGAGGGCAAGAUGAAGGCCCACUUUAUCAUGAAUGAUCCAGCAGGAAACAGCUACUUGCAGAAUGUCUAUGCCCCUGAAGAUGAUCCGGAGAUGCAGGUAGAGCGGUACAAGCGCACCUUUGACCAAAACGAGGAGCUUGGUCUCAAUGACAUGAAGACAGAGGGCUAUGAAGCAGGCCCGGCCCCACAGCGGUAGCAGUGGGCAGCUCACAGGCGGGCUCCCGUGCCACUCACACCGCAGGGUUAUUUAUUACUAUUGGAAAACAAUGCGUAUCCAAGUCCUUGUCCCUGGUGAGGAAGAAACUGCUUGAGCUAGAAAUCUAAGCACGCGAGGUGAGCAGCUGGCGAUGCAGCUGCAGGCCUACUCUGCUCCUUGACCUUCUUUUGGAGGUUUUAAGUCAGUGUGAGAAGAACCCCAGAAACACUGUGUGGUCUGCCGUCACCUUUUGCCUGUGAGCUCCCUGCCCUCCAGUGCAGGUUUGAGAGAGUGAAAUACCAGGUUGCAGCAGGAAAGAACAUCUGAGGGGCCUAGUGAGCCUAGGUGAAGAAGCAUACAUUAAAGUGAUGGAUUUUAAACAAAA